AGCAGUGAUCCUAGAAAAAAUGACGUGAAAUAAAGUUGCAAGUGCAAGUGGGAUUCAAUACGAUGCUCUCGGCGCUCUCUCAAGGAUAUGGAGUUUGCAGGAAGGAUGGUGUAAUCUUGAUCCCAGAGGCUAGCGGAGCAAUUCCUUCUUACUCAACACAAGUCAAGAAUGCAGAGGGAACGUUGUACGGACAUUUUGUGCCAGUGCCCAAGACCUUCUUAACAAGGCGAGGAGACAUAAUCCUGUUCACAGAGAAUGCGUGUGAUAUUAUGUAUCUAGAGGAGAUGUACAGCAGAAAAAUACGGGAAUUGUACGAACAGCAGAUUAAAACAGUUGACGAUCUCAAUAAAUCGAUCCUCUUUUACGGCAGUAAAACUCCGGGCGAGUACAGUCUAAACUUUAUCCGUGGAAAGUUCUACAGUGACCGUGACAUAGCAGUACAGCCCGGUCAUUUACCCACCCACUACCUUAACUCGCUGACACGACACAUCAAGCUCAGUUCAGUACUCCGGCCACGUGCUCCUGUUGGUCCUCCUACUGGCACACCCUUCGGUGUCGACCCUGUUGUCAAAAACAUCAAGCUUCCUGUUCCAGGACUGACCGAUGUUAUGGAGAGUUCUGAUGAUGUAGAAGAAUAUGAUGGACAGUUGGUGGUGAAACGAGAUAAAAAAGAAAAGAGUUCGCCUUCUCCUGUGGACAAGAACAAACUGCCGCCCAUUCAGUUUUCUAAGAAAUACGACCCUCGUCCUGCGAAGGGUGGAGGAUCUCCAACACUCCACAAAGUCAAAUUGAAUUCAGACACUCUGGGUCUACAUGGAACUAACGCACUGCCCCCGCAAAAAGGAACAAGUGAAAUCCCAACAUUACCUAAAGUUAUGACUGGUCCCUCCGCAAAAGGAAAGAGCCAAGGGGAUUGGAAGAAGUUAGGCACAUUGAUUGGUAGUGUUAACGUUUUGAAGAGACUUGGAGAGAGUAAGCAAAAAGAAAGAGAAACGCUUAAGGAAGCAGAGGAAGCCAAGGAUCAAAAGCCGAUUUACAGAAGUGCGAUGGCAAUGGACAUCCACUUUUUGAAGGAGAAUCGUCGUCAUAUUAGCAGAGGUGAUCCUGAAGCAGCUCUUGGUGCAGACAUGUCGUUAGACGAUAUUCUUUUAGGACUGAAGGAUAGACACGGAAAGAAGCCCGUACUCCCCCCACUUCAAGUGCAGUGGAGUCCUGAAGUAGAUAAAAGAGAAAGACAGGAGAGACAAGAAAGAGAGGAGAAAGAGGAGUUGGUGGCAGAAGAAACCCUGUCUCGGAAAGGCUCUGGAAACACUCGCAAAUCUCCAAAACAGUCCAACACAGCUACACCCCGCAGGACAUCACCUUACCCAGUUGGUGGGUCGAGAAAUUCUCCGGAUACCUCUGUGAAGAAACCUUCUCCUGUAGCCAAUUCUACCUCACUAAACGGCAAGAUGAUCUCACCGUUUGGCGAAAAGACUGUGUCACCUGGUUCAAAAACUGGGUCACGCGUUGGCUCAAAAGAAGGCAGCAGGAAGGGCUCUGGAAAACCUGUUGAAGAACCAGUUUCAGAACCACCUCAACCCCCUAUCAUUUACCAAUCAAAUUGGUCUCCCGACGCAGCUGAACAGGAGCUGCCGGAUAUUCAGAUUGAUGUUGAUAUGGUGAAUGCUGACAUGGAUGAGUAUCAAGAUCACGUUCAGCAGGCUAGGAUGCUUCUUGCCCUGCAACAACAGCAACAACAGCUUGAAAUGGAGGAGGAAGAAUUAAGAAGAUUAGAGGAGGAAGAGGCAAUACUAGGUGGCAGUCCUAACAGUAUUCCUGCUCUGUUCGUCGAUGACACUGAUCAGGUGUAUGUGGGAGAGAUAUAUGGAGACGUUGAGCCUGAUCGGAGUCUCAAUCCGAAUGUUCCAUUCGACUACAUGGGUUUGGUGAGGAGUCUGUCUCGGCAUGAUAACGCAGCGGAAACAGGCGAACUCGCAUUACAGAGUCAGUCUCUGGGAGGUGGAGGAUCAAUGUCCCAGCCUCUACAACCGGGUCUGUACGUCAUGAGACCCUCCAAUACUGCUGCACAACAACUUGGUCCCCAAUCUGGUCCCCAACUUGGUCCCCAAACCGCACAGUCAAGAGAACCACUGGGAAUAGGAGGACUGGGAGGCACUGAAGGUCGCCCUUUUACGGAGAAUGUUAAAAGGCAGGCUCCGCCCAGAUCAGCACGACGACGAAUCCCAGCGACGCGCGGAAAUUUGGAAGACGGCCAGUCUCUAGCUCCUGGAUCAUCAGGACUCAACGUUCCAAGAGGCACAACUGAAAAGCCUAAGAAAGGGGGUUACGUGUUCAGAGAGGCUGUUUCUGAUACCGGCCCAGUGACCCCUGAUCAGAGACUCCCUCAACGUAUCUUGCACCAGAAGGAACCAAAGUCAGGCUACAUUUUCAAGAAAGGAGGUGAUCACAGUAUUUUAGAUGUUCCUGAGCGCCAGCGAGGUGUUAGAUCUGAGUCGACCAAGAAAAAUUCGGGCUACGUUUUGAAGAAGGGCAUCCCCCAAACUGGAGUACCAUCGACUCAUGAUAGAUCUAGAAGAGUGCCACGACAGUCUAAACGAAGUAAAAAUUUAACACCUUCCCAAACUAAGGAUCUGUACCCAUCUUUCUCAAUGGAUAAAACGACUCGAGACAUAAUCGGUGCCCUUGAGUCGAAUGAGGACACCAGUAAAUAUGAUCAAAGUCAUCUUGACACCGCAAAAGCAAUCAGAGACUCGCUAAGAGCUACUGAUCCCAACUUCUCCCUCGAAAAGAUGGAGGCAGAAUAUAAUCCGUCAGGUGAUGGCGGAAAAGUUCUAACCGAUGCUCAGACGUAUCUUGAGGAGGUUUCUAGAUUGAGACAAGAUAUGCUGCUGAAAGCGGCUGAAAUGGAGAAUGAGGAAGAGGAUGAUUAUUAUAUGGACGAUACAGACUAUGAAGAAGAGUAUUACGACGAAGAUUACACAGAUGAGGCUCCUAACGAGCAUAGUCUGCAACCUGCUGAUAAUCUUAUGCCACGUCGACCUAAUGGCACUCCUAAUUCGCCAGAUCAUAAUCACCACAAUGGCAAACAAACUUCGCAGGAACAACCCUCUAUCAACAUUGGAUUAGGAUUGCAGCAAGAUUAUAUUGAAACGCCAUUGUCUCAACAUGCCGCUAUUGAUAGUCAUAACAUGGGGGACGCACGUACGAGUCACAUUGUUCAUGAAGGGCAACCUGUGAACAGUGAAAUUGGGAGGAGGCCAACAGGUGGCCGACCAUCUAUUGGAGAGGACUCUGGUUAUAUUCCUCACUCUGACGUUGAGGGGGAUAAUUAUGGAGAUUCCGCUGUGAGACACGCUCAUAGUGCUUAUGGCGAUUACAAUUUAGGACGUGACGGAGAGAAAGUUCCGUCUAGGGGACAUCAUUCGGAGGGAGGGAGCUACAAGCAAGGGCACCCUCAUAGUCCUUACAGUGGCUAUGGUGCAGACGAUGGAGAAGAAUUUCCAGAAGGGAUUACUGGAAAUGAAGACGGAAAUAAAAAGAAUUUUAACCGUCUAAACACUUUUCUCGGCGGCACUCCGGACUUUGAAUUCGAGAGGGCACCAGGGGUCCCUCUUAGGAACCACACUCCAAAAUUCCCACCGUCCCAGAUCGGAACACCCCGCACCAGCCCACCUGACAGAAAUUCAGAUGGCUCGCCUAAAUACUCUGACAGUCCACGUAUAUACGUGUCGACCCCAGGAGCAGGGUUAUCUGGACAGCCAACCAAGGUUAAAGUCCAAAGUUUCGGAUCAACAGAAGUACCAUUUCUACCAACAAUGGGAGAUGAGAGAUACGUUAUUAACCCCUCCAUUCCUUACCCCUCUGUAGCACAACAAGAUACUGUUCAUUACACAACCCAUGAGUUGGUUGGUGCUUAUAAUCCUAGAACACAUAAAGGAGUUCUUGGAGUGUUACCAAAAAGGAACAUGCCUGCCCACCUACUGUUCAGGUCUCAAGCUGGAACACCGGGGAGAGUCCGCAGUAGCAGAAAGAGAAGAGAUAAAAACCGACCCAAGUCAGCAGUGGCUGCAGACGGGAUCGCACACGGGUUUAACCCUCAAUCAUUGUCAGCUGCACUCACUGAUCUGAAAAACCUUCCAGAUAUAAAGAUAGGUCCUCCAAGCUCGGAUGGUAGCGAAAAUAGAAGAUCUCUGAGAUCCUCAUCUAUAGAUUCCGGGAUGUUAGACGGAGAGGAAGCCGGGAUGGGAGGGGGUGGACUAGAGCACAGGCUGGAUGACACUGCAGAAAAUCUAGAGAGGAUUGUUAAGCUUAGGUCCGAACUUGCUGACAACUUCCAACACAACUCAACUACAGAUCUGGAUAUGUUCAGCGAUAUAACUGACUCUGAGGUUCCUACAACCCCCUUGAGAGAGAGCGAUCUGAUAAGUGACGUUGCAGUUCCUGGACUACUAGAUAUUCCUGAAGAGACGGCCGAUCAUCAUAAGGGUACAAAGAAACAGUCUGGUCCUUUAGAUGGUUGCCAUGCUGGUGUAUAUCUGACUCAACUGUGUCGUGAUGGGGUGUGGACCAAUGAGGAUGUUCCGGUGUACGUGACCCCGGACGGUAAAGUUUUCAUCAGUAGUGUUAUCGUCAACCAGCCGGUGUGCUCCAGCGACAGGAUUAAGUUUGCUCAACAAGACGAUGCGGAUGAUGUCCACAACAAACCGGAAGAAGGAUCCCUCACAUUCUCAGACGGUAAACUCACAGGAUGGGUUAAAUUCCCUGGACAGAAGGCUGUAAAGAUACGCGGAAAACGCUGGGAUCCGCGACAGACAGGACACUACGUUAUCGAAAAGAGGGUGGUGCCGAGGGUGUCAAAUGCUGACGCAGAAGGAGAGCGAAUGCAUGAAGAUGAUAAGCCAUCAUCUUGGCAGCUAGUACCUCUUGACUUGUCCAUCAUGCUGGGAGGAAAAGUAACGAUCAAUGAUGAACCAGUUUUUAAUCCGUUAUUUGAAGAAAACAAUUUGAAACUUUGCCUCAAUGAAAACGAACAAAUUGAGGCGGAUAUGAAAUGUAUUAUGGCCGCGUUUGAUCCUACCUGCACGGAGUUUAGCGGCAAACUGACCUCCGAUGAAGAUGUGGAGAUUAAGCCUUCCUCUCACAUAAGAAUCAAAACCAAACAUCACGAGGUUGAGAUACGAGGAAGAAAAUGGAACCCAGCCCUUGUCGGACACUACUACUGUCUUAAGAAAUCAGAGUCUGGGAAGUGGGAACCUUACAACAUGCCCCUGGAGAUACGACCUAGUGGGGUGAUGAUGCUGAAGGAUGUUGAAAUGGGUGUACCGCCUUAUAAUGGAAAUGAGGUCGAGAUUCCAUAUUUAUUUAGCGAAAUGAAGUCGCUUCCUGAUUCCAUUUCGCUCAAAUUCCUCGAUGGUAAAUACGUCGGAUCGAUCACCACAGGAGAUGAAAUUGAGGAGAUCCGGGGCAUACGAUGGGAUCCAGCAAUGAUUGGGAAAUACAGUACUCAAGAGAAACUAAACGAUUCCUGGAUUAAUAAAAGUGAGAUCUUGAGUAUAGCUCCUGACGGAUCCGUGGAUUACGACGGUCGAAAUAUUGACCACGGUUUUAUAGUAGAUAACAAAGUCUUUGUGGUAGACGAGGGGGGAGUCGACAGCUUUUUCAACAAUACAGGACCAGUCAGUGACGCUAAUCUUUCUGGAAAAAGUUUCUUAAUGCAAAGAGACAGUCCAGUUCGACAGAUCGCUGCCACCCAAACCACUUCGUUGGUGAUGGAGCAAGGCGUUGUUAAGAGCACUGAUAAUAUAUCAGCUAAAACCAUCCAAGAAGCUGAGAUAGUUUUCAGUUCCAACAGAUUCUACGGACAUGUCACGAGUGAUCAGGACGCACAGUUUGUAGAGAUUAGGGGCUAUAAGUGGGAUGAAGCGAUAGUAGGCGAAUACUUUACCGAAGUGCUGAAAGAUGAUGGAACGUGGGGAGGCGGUCCAACAAUCACCAUCACACCCGACGGCGAGGUGAAGGUGGAGAAGGUUCCUAUGACUGAUACCCUACUUAAAGACAACAUUGUCAGUAUAAGUGACAUCACAAUACCCAACAGGAAAACCUUACAGAAAUGUCUGGUCGCUAUUCAAGACAAACUUCUGACUGGUUGGAUUCAGGAAUCUGAGGAUUCUCCUAAAAUCCAGAUAAGGGGCUCCUUGUGGAAAGAGGGACCGGGAGCUCAUGGUACAUAUAUAUGCACCGAGAAGAUUGGAGACAAGUGGGUCAGUUCGAACAAGUCCGUUAUAGUAACCCCUUCAAAUAAGGUGAGAAUCUCAGAAAUGAGUCUCGAGGGUGACAUGGAUGGUUUGUCUGCUGGAUUGGAACCAGCCCUCAGCGCUAGCACUGAUGAUAUAGAUAUUGAUACAUCCGCAAAACUCCGCUUUGAAGGAGACACUUUUUCUGGCUUCAUAACCAGCAAGGAAGCAGUUACAGAGAUUGCUGGUUUCAAAUUCGACACAGUUCCUGGAGUAUACCUACUGGAGAGUAGGAGUCUGAACGCUGAUGAGGACUGGACCGGACUCAGUCUUCAGCUUGUUGUCUCUGAUAACGGUCGCAUCUCUAUAUCCGGUAACGCAGUUUACAACAUUGGAGUAAAGGAAGGAACGUUACAAUUUGACAGUGAUUCUAUUCUAAAACAACUGAGUAAACUACAGUUCGCCGACAAGUCUGUUUUUUCUGAGGGUCUACAACUAGGAAAAGAUGGUAACACUCGAGAGGUGGAAGUAAGAGGAUCCACGUGGUAUCCCAAGAUAGCUGGUACCUACGAGACUGAACUGUUCACUGACAGCGGAUGGAAGAGCAGCAAGAAACUAGAGAUAACUCCGCAGGGCGAAGUUCUGUUUGGAAAUGAGCCUGCAGAAAAUAUUCGAUUGGAUUCUGAUACAGUAACAUUCGGUUCAGUGGACGGGCAGCUGCAAGAUCACUCUCAGGUGACUCUUGCGUUCGACACAGAUGGGUUUAGUGGGAACGUUGUAACCAUGAAGGACCGAAAGAAUCGUGUUAUGCGAGGCAAGAGGGUCGGUACCAGACCUGUUUCUGCGAACAGCGCUACAGAACUGUCGCUUGGAACCGACGAAGAAGAUGGAUUUAAUGAUCUGAACGGUCAGAUAGGUUCUACUUUACCGAGAAACUCAGCUGGUAAGCCGAGUGCGGAUGAGGCCCGACCAGACCCAACUGGACCAGGGGUUACCAGUGACUACGGAAGUGCUAGUGACGUCAUCACUCAGCAACUCUCUGGGUCCAGAACUGAGGCUCUCAGUUCCCUCGAAGAGGAUAUCAGUAUGAGGAGUAAAUCUCCUGAAUCCUUAAACAAGAACGAGGAGAUUAAAAAUCAAGGAAGGCGAUCUGCUGAGAAGUUUAACUCUGAAAAUAAUCGCAAGGCUAUGUCACCAAUAGAUUCCCCAAGGGAUGGUUAUCGGUCUUCAUCCGGAAAAGCACUCAAAGGCUCGCCAACAAAAAGUGAGAGUAGUCCUCGCUCCUCAAAAAGCAAAUCGUCUAGAGGGUCUCCAAGAAAUAGAGCUAGUGAUUCUCAGGAGAACAUUGCUCUGGGGGAUAUCUCUCUUGAUCUUGAUGGUGGGGAUGGUGAUGAAGGAGGAGUAUCAUUCGAAUCGUGGCCUCCUGCAACUGAAGAUCAGGGAAAAGCAGAUUUGAAUUUCGAGCUUGACUCCGGAGUUACGCUUGAUAUUCUUCCUAAAGGCUUGGACUCCCUUGGUGCAUCAGAAACCAAGGAAUCUAUCGAGGUAGUAUCUCCUAAAGAAUCGCCCACCUCAUUACCCAAAGCACCUAUUAAAUCCAAAAUUAUAGCACCUAAAGCUUUAGCCAAAGCAGGUAGAGAAACAGUUGCCCAAGCUCAGGUAGCCGAGGCCGAAGUAAUCGCAGCAUCCAGAUCUCCAGCUAGGGUAACUGAGGCCGAAGCAAUUGCAGCACCCAGCUCCAAAGCUUCUGAUAAUCAAUCAGAUCGGUCUGAAGCGUCAGGUGACAAUUCAGCCGAUCCAGAGAUAGCAGCACUCAAUAGUACCAGUCCCACUACCACACUUAGUCCCACAAGUGGGGAAGCAAGCCCUGAAGCAUCUGACGAUAGCGCUAUGUUAAAGGGGACUCCAAAACUACCAGACAUCGGAGGAUCUAUUCCUUCUGACUCGCAAUCUCUCGAUCUGAGCAGCUCUAGCCCAGGGAAGCAGACAAGGUCACCAGAUAAAUCACCCCGAUCAUUUGAUUCCCCGGCCCUCACUAAACCUGUUAAAUUACCCGGUAUCGACAUGAAGGCGAAAGGUGCUGCCGCUGAAAUCACCGAGGAUGCUGGUCUUCUUAAGAACUACAUCGAACCUAAAGGGAAAAAGGGAGAGAAAAAGAAAAGGGCGAGAAAACCUAAGAAAACAAAAGCAAAGAACGAGCUCAGACCUGACCUAAACAAAGAGGCGAAGAAGGUAGAGGAUGACAAGACGAAGGAUGGAGUUGAGUCUGGUUCACCACCGGAUAUAAACGAGAGAGCAAGGCAGGGUAUAGGUCAGGCACAAUCCAGGAGGACGCCAACUGCUCGAACUCCUGUGCACAUGUCCAAGAUAGAUCGAGAUAGUUCGCGAGACUCGACUCCCAUCUCCUCGGGGUACACUACUCCCAACAGUGGUCCCAUUACACCCAGCAACUCUCUUCCUCAGAGAGAGUUUCAGGGGGCUCUUAUGGCUGCUAAGAAGAUAAGGGAGACAAGUGAUGAGCAAUUGGAUGGGAAAAUACCAUCUGACAUCAGAGAACAUCCAGUGGCUGAGGAGGUCGCGGAAAAAUUCGGAAUGGAGAUGCAAGUGAGGGAUGACGGAUCUAGCAAGCUAUCUGUGAAAGAGAGGAGAGAACUUGCUCGACAGAGGAAAAAAGAAGAAGCAGAGCGAAAGAGGAGAGAUCGUGAUGACGAAAAGAGGCGACAUAAGGAGGAAGAAGAAAGGAAGCUUCGAGAAGAAGAAGAGAUGAAACUGAAAAGGGCGGAGCGUGAUGCUGAGUUAGCUGCAGAACGCCAAAGGGAGCUGGGAAGACGAAAAGAGGAGGAAGCGAAGAGAAGACAGGCUAAGCUGGAUGAGAAAGACAGGAGGAGGCGAGAUGAAGACAAGAUGUUGGAUGCUAAACGUAAGCUUGAAGAGGAACUGAAACGGCGGCGUGCUGCUGAAGCUGCCAGGUUGGAAGAGAUAGAAAGACAAAAAGAGCUCUUACUUGAGCGUGAGAAAGAGGAACAGCAGAAGAGAAAGGAGGAGGCAGAAGCUAUUCGGGCACAAAUGGAAGAGGAGAUGGCUCGAGAAAUGGCAGAGUAUGAACGAAAGGUGCGAGAGGAGCAGGAAAGAAGGAGAAUAGAGGAUGCUCUAAAAGCAGAGGCUGAAAGGCGGCUCUUAGACGAAGAAGAGAGGAAGCGAAUUAUAGCCCUUGCACGGCAUCUUUGGAACAAGGGCGUCAGAAUUGAGGGAGAAAAUCUUGAGGAGGAACUUCAAAUCAGCUCUAUUUUCUACUCAUACUUUAACUAUUUGCAAAGCGAGGAACCGUUUAAUCCUGACGUUGACAUUCCGUAUAAAGAGAAAGUUUUGAGGAUAGAAAACGCUCUCAAAAGUACUAGACCUUUAGACAAGAUUUGAGUUGCUAGAAGACGGAGGUUAUUACGGAUAUCAUAUCGUCCUUCGCUAAUCGUGCCAUUAUGAGUGGGAGAGAGUUAAUGUUGUGAAAGAAUAAUUUAUUGGUUAAGGGAUUGUUACUGUUAGUUCCAGGGAUGGAUUGAAAGAACCGAUUGUAAAUACGAUUUAAGCGAUGGGUCGUACCAACUGUGUAUGAUAUUGAAAACUGACGAACUUUUUUGGAAUUUUGAGAUUGUUUAUUCAUUAUUGCCACAGGAAAAGCCUUGUUGGGGAUGCGCGCCUUGCGUGAUAUAGUAAUAAAUUGAUUGAUCUGUAAAUAUCUGAAGAUUUGUGCAUUAUAUAAAUUCGAUUCAGUGCUAAAUUAUAAUUCUUUGUAGAAAUAAUGAAGAA